CACAUUAAUGUUAACUGGCGUCAUUUGAAAUUUUAUAUGGUUAAUUAUAUGAUUUGUUUACACAGGUUUAAUUGUAAAUAUAUAAGUUUAAGAUAUCAUCACAAAGAAAUAAUUAUUUAUUAUUGUGAUUUUGAAGAGUAUAAAUAUUUUCAAUUUUGUUUGAAUACGACACAAAUCUAUCAGGAUGGAUAUAGGUGUGCAUAUGAAAUAUUUCCGGGAACUAACACAGAAAGAAAAAGAAGAAUGUCGAAAAGCAUUUAAACAGAUCGAUAUAAACAAGGAUAAUAGACUGUCUUGGACGGAACUAAGGCAUGCCUCAGAUUUAUUGGGUAUGACCCUUAACGAAAAACAAGCCAAAAAGAUGAUCCGAGAAGUAGACAGAAAUGGUGAUGGAUUUAUAGAUUACAAAGAAUUUGAGACAAUAAUGAGUAAAAACAGCAAACCUAUAUGUUUAAUAGACUAUGAAGAUGAAGUCUUACGACAAGCUUUUGACAGCUUUGAUGUAGAUAAAAAUGGAGAAAUUACAAUAGAAGAGUUGAUAAUGGUGCUACAAUCACUUGGUACAGAAACGGCAGAAAUGGAUGCAUCGGAAAUGUUAAAAGAGGCAGAUUUGAAUGGAGAUGGAGUUAUCAGUUUUGAAGAAUUUGCAAGAGUAGCAGCCCAACAACGAAUGUGAAUGUAAAAGACGAUGUUGAAUAUGUUUUCUUUUAAUAGAAAAAAGAGGAGGAUGGUGUUUAGUGAACUUAAUUUGACUUCAUAUGGAACAUGAUCUUUAAUGUAAUUUAAAAUUUUCAUAAAGCUGAUGUUGUGGUCGAAGACAAUAUGUCCAGUCCGAAUAAACAAAAGUAUUGAAAUCGCUCUUUUUAAUUAAAGCCAGCUUGUCCUUGAAUAUCAAUUUUUAUUUGCUUCUUAUAUAUGUAUUAAUUUAUUGAAUCACAAUUACUUUGUUUCUUUUUCAUAGCAUGUAAAGGCGUUAUUUUAACAAUUUAUCAUAAUUUAAAAAUGGAGUUUUCAGAAA